CUAGCUUGCAGCGUAAUGAGACGAACGUGUUAAAGUUCAAAUAAUUAUACUAAAUCCAAGUGCGAGUAAGGAUAGCUGCGAUAUCUAGAUAAGAAGAAAAAGAAAUUGUAAAGUGAACUCUGCCCAGCACUUGUGUGAGAGCAACCAUGGCACUACCAAAGAGCUUAGCCCGUAACUUCAGUCAAAUUGUCCAAGCACAGUGUCGUCUUUUGUCGUCACUACCACUCAGCCAAAAACGCCACUGUUCAUCCGACAGCAAUCCUGAGGUUCCAAAUCCCAUCGUUCAUCUACCAGGUUUAGGGUCACUGAAAGGAUCUUACACCAAGGGUGCUUGGAGUGGUGUACCGAUACAGCAAUUCCUGAACAUCCGCUACGGUCAACCUGCAACGGGAGAUCGACGUUUCAAGGCACCCAUCCCAGUCGAACCUUGGGAAGGAGUGAUGGACGUUUCGAAACGUGGUCAUUCUUCUCCUUACUACGGGGACAUGAAAAAAAUUGGGAAGGACUCACUGCCGGCCAAUCUGGAAGACUGCAUAAACCUAUGCGUGUAUACCAAAGAGCUUUCAGCCAAGAGGCCAGUCAUUGUGUUCAUACACGGCGGAGGAUUUUACAGUGGCGGUGCCGGCCAACAUCCUCCCGAAUACUUGCUCGAAAAAGACAUCGUCCUAGUCGUGCCGCAGUAUCGACUAGCCGCACUUGGAUUUCUGUCAACCAAAACCGAAAACAUACCCGGGAAUGCGGGAGUUAUGGACGUUAUUCUGGCUUUUCGCUGGGUCCAGAAAUAUAUAUCCCACUUCGGGGGUGAUCCCGAGCAAGUAACUGCGUUUGGCCAAUCUGCGGGAGCAGGAAUCAUUUCAGCGCUCACCUUCAGCCCAGCCGGUGAGGAGUCAUUUUUCAAUAAAAUGAUUUUGAACUCCGGUGCGGGACUGGCCAGUAGCUGGACGUUCGAUUUAAAUUGUGAGCGAAAUGCUAGAGACAUCGCCCGUCGAGCAGGGUUCGAUCCCAAAGCACCACUGCAAGAGGUGGAGAAAUUUUUGAUUGAAUUGGAUGCCUACAAUCUGUUGAAAUUCUUUUCGCAGCAUAUGUGGCAAGGAACUCCCAACGGUAUCAACUCAAUCGGAGGGCAUCGAUUUACAUUGGGAGGACCUUCGGACAUUUUCCCGAAAACACCCUUCGAGGUUAUGAAAAAGGGUGGAGGACGAAAAAAUGUACCGAUGUUAACCGGAGUGGUUAAGCAUGAAGGUAGUUUCGCUCUGGUAGACAUGUUUGUCAUACUAGCGCACAUGAAAGUGUUAAAUGAUAAAGACUUCAUGCGAUAUGACUUAAUAGAACAAGUCUCCCGAACGUAUGGAUCGUCUGAAGAUAGCAAUACUCUAGCACCUCUGAUUGCAAGAGCAAUGUUCGACAUUGAAGAUCUCACCUCUGGUGAUAUACUCAAACUCAUUCCUGGUCUGAUAGAUUACACGGGUGCCACCAUCAUCAAAUCCACGGUUCUACGAUCCGCCCAAUUCAACAGCCGCCACAAUCCCAACCAGACCUACGUGUACAGCUUUGACUACCAUGGCGAGCAUAGCCGCUUUGGAUUCGAUCAGGACAUCAGUCGGAUACCGUUCGAUGGCGGAGUGCACCACACCAAUGAUCUCAUCUAUCUCUUCCCGUAUCCAAAGUCGGCGGCCAGAUUGAACAGCCAGGACACAGAAAUAGCCAAAAAGAUGGUUGAUCUUUGGACGUCAUUCGCUAUCGACGGAGUGCCCAAAACCAAAGAUCUACCGGAAUGGCCAACAUUCAAUAACGUCUACGGACCGUAUUUACACAUAAACAAACAGUUCAGUAUUGGUAAUAAUUUCCUAGACGAAUUUACAGUGACAAAUGAUGAAGCUCGUGCUGCUAAAAAGUGGCAAGGAACUCCCAACGGUAUCAACUCAAUCGGAGGGCAUCGAUUUACAUUGGGAGGACCUUCGGACAUUUUCCCGAAAACACCCUUCGAGGUUAUGAAAAAGGGUGGAGGACGAAAAAAUGUACCGAUGUUAACCGGAGUGGUUAAGCAUGAAGGUAGUUUCGCUCUGGUAGACAUGUUUGUCAUACUAGCACACAUGAAAGUGCUAAAUGAUAAAGACUUCAUGCGAUACGACUUAAUAGAACAAGUCUCCCGAACGUAUGGAUCGUCUGAAGAUAGCAAAACUCUAGCACCUCUGAUUGCAAGAGCAAUGUUCGAUAUUGAAGAUCUCACCUCUGGUGAUAUACUCAAACUCAUUCCUGGUCUGAUAGAUUACACGGGUGCCACCAUCAUCAAAUCCACGGUUCUACGAUCCGCCCAAUUCAACAGCCGCCACAAUCCCAACCAGACCUACGUGUACAGCUUUGACUACCAUGGCGAGCAUAGCCGCUUUGGAUUCGAUCAGGACAUCAGUCGGAUACCGUUCGAUGGCGGAGUGCACCACACCAAUGAUCUCAUCUAUCUCUUCCCGUAUCCGAAGUCGGCGGCCAGAUUGAACAGCCAGGACACAGAAAUAGCCAAAAAGAUGGUUGAUCUUUGGACGUCAUUCGCUAUCGACGGAGUGCCCAAAACCAAAGAUCUACCGGAAUGGCCAACAUUCAAUAACGUCUACGGACCGUAUUUACACAUAAACAAACAGUUCAGUAUUGGUAAUAAUUUCCUAGACGAAUUUACAGUGACAAAUGAUGAAGCUCGUGCUGCUAAAAAGUAA